AAAAACCAGGAAGGAAGAGAGAAAGAGAGAAAAUGCGAGAAAUGGAGAGAGAGAUAGAGAUGUUAAAAAGUCAAAGCAAACGACUCGGUCCCACGGGUAAGCAGUCAACAUGGUUACCGGAGAGAGCAGAUCUGAAACGUGAUGUCUCGUGUCAUAUAUAUAAUACGUGGGGCCACCCAUAGACUAGGCCACUGCCCCACCCGGUCUCCGGUCGCAAACGCCUCCCCCGGGCCGUCAAAUUCGUUGACUUGGCCUGCCCCUUUCUUCUUCUCCUUUAAUAAAUUAAAAUUAUUUAUUUUUCCUUUUUUUCUAUUUCCUCACGUGGAACGCGGCGCUUCCUUCGGGACGGUGGAUUCAUUUCUUUCUCUUUUCUUUUUCUUUAGGCAUUUGAUUAAUGAACGAGUCAAAACUCUUUCUUAAAGAAAAAUGUAGACCAAACCCACCCCCUUCUUUCACUCCUUUGUCGCAACAAUUCAAGUUCGGGUCUCACUUCAAAUAUCCACCCAAACCCGGAUCCAUAUUUUUCUUUAAAUUUAUAAAAGAAGUGGUGAAGUGGUAAACGGGUGAUCCGUUUGAGAACCCGUUAAUUCAUGUGGAGAGUAAAGACCCAGUGCCAGCUGGAGAGGUCUCGUGACGCACCGUCUGACGCAACACAUGAAAAUCCCAUCAAUUUCUCAAAAAUCCAAAUCUAAUUCUGGUCUACGUCCAACCCUUUUUAUAGCCGACCCAGUUGCAGCGGUUAAAGACUUCACAGACUUCUCACGCAUAACACGUCUCUUUUCUCUUUCUUCCGCGUUGCGAUUCUGGUCUCUGUUUUUCCUUCUCUCCUCUAUUUUCUCUUUGUAUAGAUCUCUUUCCUUCUUGAUUUAUGGACAAAGGAUGGGGUCUAGCCCUUGAUUGUGAUCCUCAUAUCUCCUUCAACAAGCCUUCUUCUGCGCCUGUACUCGAUUCUUUCUUCAAGAUUAAAAAAAAUCUUGACGUGCCUGACUCCGUUAAGAUGUUUCCCUUUCCUGUUACUGUUUCCCGCCGGGAUGACCAUGCUUCUCCGUCUGCCGCCGAUGACAACCGUGUUGUUGUUGGUGAAGUCGACUUCUUUUCUGAUAGCAAGAAUAUAGCUGUUAGCGAUAACAGAAAUGACGAUGAUGAGUCUAAAGCCACAUGUGUCACUGUCAAGAAGGAGAAUUCUUACGGUGAAGCCGCUCCAAGGUCAAGCCUCCAUGUAAAUACUGGAUUGCACCUUCUCACUGCUAACACUGGAAGUGAUCAGUCGACGGUGGAUGAUGGGGUAUCAUCGGACGUUGAUGAUAAACGAUCAAAAAGUGAGCUGGCACAAUUGCAAGUAGAGCUCCAAAGGAUGAAUGUAGAAAAUCAAAGGUUGAGAGACAUGCUUAGUCAAGUAACCAACAAUUACAAUGCUUUACAGAUGCAUCUUGUAGCUUUGAUGCAGCAGCAGCAGCAGCAACAGCAACAGCAACAAAACCAUGGAACUGAAGCCAACCAAGAGCAUGAGGUUGUUCAAGUAAAGCCUGAGGAAAAGAAGCACGAGGUGGUGCCAAGACAAUUUUUAGAUCUUGGCCCUUCAGCUGAGACCGAUGAAAUGUCUCAUUCAUCGUCUGAUGAGAGGACCCGUUCAGCCACACCUCUAGCCAAUAUGGAAACAGCAUCCGUGAAAAAUAGUGCGAACCAGGAGAAUUCUAGUUUCAGGGAUGGCAAAAGAAUUGGCAGAGAAGAAAGCCCUGAUUCUGGAUCACAAGGUUGGAAUCAUAGCAAGGUUCAAAAAUUGAAUUCCCCCCCUAGUAAGGGUAUUGAUCAAUCCACUGAGGCCACCAUGAGAAAAGCUCGUGUCUCAGUUCGAGCCCGAUCAGAAGCUCCCAUGAUCACUGAUGGAUGCCAAUGGAGAAAAUAUGGACAGAAGAUGGCCAAAGGAAACCCAUGUCCUAGAGCCUACUAUAGGUGCACCAUGGCAGUCGGUUGUCCAGUUCGCAAACAGGUUCAACGUUGUGCUGACGAUAGAACGAUCUUGAUAACAACUUAUGAAGGCAGUCAUAAUCACCCUUUGCCUCCAGCUGCCGUGGCAAUGGCAUCCACAACAACAGCAGCUGCAAGCAUGCUACUUUCUGGGUCAAUGUCAAGUGCAGAUGGGUUAAUGAACCCAAAUUUGCUAGCGAGAGCAAUCCUUCCAUGCUCAUCCAGUAUGGCAACAAUUUCAGCUUCAGCUCCAUUCCCAACUGUAACAUUAGACCUUACCCACAACCCAAAUUCACAACAAGUCCUAAGGCCUCCCACCCAUUUACAGGUCCCUUUUGCAGGCCAACCCCAGAAUUUUGCCUCUGUCACAGCCCCACAAUUGCCCCAGGUUUUUGGUCAAGCCCUUUAUAACCAAUCAAAAUUCUCUGGCCUCCAGUUGUCUCAGGAAAUGGGGUCCUCGCAAUUACACCACCAAUCUCAACCCCAACAAUUGCAACCAGCACAGCAGCCCUCAUUAGUUGACACAGUCAAUGCUGCGACGGCUGCCAUCACUGCGGAUCCCAACUUCACUGCAGCACUGGCUGCUGCCAUCUCUUCCAUUAUUAGUGGUGCUAACGGCAACGCCACCACCAGCAACAAUAACGGCAAUAUUACCAACAACACAAGCAACAGAAACUAGAGGGGGUUCUUAUAUUGUUUUUAUCCUUUAUUGUUAGAGUUUCUCGGUGUCCUUUCUUUUAGUUCUUCGUUUUUUGGUGUCCAUAUUUUUUUUUUUCUUCUUGGGGGAAAGAGGGAUUAAUUAGAACACAAAAUUACAUUUCUUUGUUAUUAUUUCAUUAUGAAUAACUUUGUUUCUUAUUGUCUAGGAAUUAAUACAGGAAAAGAAAGGAAUAUUUCAAUUAUGACUA